CCUUAACUACCAAAUAUGGCAGAUUGUCUGUAACGAAUAUCCUGUCCCCUGCAUUUUUCGGAACAAUUGCUGGUUGAUGAACGAAAGCCGGUGGGCCAUCAAAAGGCUACUUUCCGUUUUGACGCUCGUGGAGGACAAUUAAACUGCACCGGUUAACUGCUGUUGCCACCGUGCUCCGUAUGUGAUCGAGCGGACAGGGGAGGGGCGCUCUGUCUCGUGUACGGUACCGUGUAACACCGAGUUCCAGGCAACGUAGCUGUGGACAGCAGCAACCACGGCCACGCCAAGGAGUAGAAGUCGCUGAAACAACAGAGGACAGCUCGACCUGAAAGCGAGCUCAUAUCGCCCAGCUUUAUAGACAGCGUCGUCGGAAUAGGGCCACGAGCAAAGUAGGCUAAUGUUACAUUUUAUUGUGUUUAGUAAACGUUUUUUAUUGUUUCUGUACCCAGCGUUACUGUGUACUUCAUGUUAGUUAUCGCUCUAACGUUAGCGUUGCUUGCACUGUUGUUAAGUUAACGGUAGCUAACCAAAGUGUUAACCUUAAAACUAAUUGCUAAUGAAGUGUUCAGUUGAUUUUAGGCCGUCAUAUAUUAAAUACUAAAAACGUAGUUACUUCAGUUAGCUAACGUAGUCUUUUCCUGUCAUGCAGAUUUAACGUUCUCAACUCCAUAUCUUGAUGUUAAACGUUACACUUUCAUUUAGCUUUCGUAGCUUACUUUGACAUUUUAUGUACAACAGCAAGGAUUUUCAGUGUUUUUCUUAAAUUAGAGUCGCCUAAUCGUAAAAAACAAUGGAGGAGUAAUCGAUAUGCUUUCAUUAAUGUCACACAAACUGUCACUGGCGUGUAAAAGGGGUCUUCUUCGUGUUGUUUGAUUCCCAUCCUUUUAUUAGCUAAUGUAGUUGCUGUGAGAGCAAGUGUGUUGUCAUUAAAACAGGAAAAAAGAUGAGCACCAAGAGAAAGGCCGAGAGUCACUCAAGGGCAGCAAACAGACCACGCAUCAUGAAGUCUGGGGACCGCCGGACCGAUUCAGAAAGAGACUCUGGAUUCUCAGAUGCCAGCUCAGAGCACAUGAGCACAAUGGACAACACAGACUCUGAGGAUUCACCCCGCCCUGCUGUACAGCAGGGACCACAGACUUCUGGCUCCGGGUCCCAGCCCUCUCAUCUGGCUGUAGUGGGAGGCUCCUACUCCAACCUCUCUCCCAUGAUCAUCAUGAAUAAUGUCCUCCUCAAGCAGCCUGGAGAUAAUCCUCCUGCUCUGAAGCCCUGGGGGUUUAGUCCCACCGUGGAGGUGGUUCAGCCGGUGGUCCAGCAGCCUCAGGUUGUCUUUCUCCAGCCUGUGGUCUCUCGUCAAACUUCCCCUGCUUCAAAAGAGGCCUCCUCUAGACACAGACGCCCUAAGAAUUAUCUUCCAAUCCUGAAAUCCUACCCCAAAAUUGCUCCACAUCCUGGAGACAGUUCCAGUUCAUCUGGGAGAGGAACUGCAUCCUCCUCUUCCUCCACCUCCUCCUCUUCUUCAGGGUCAGAGAAAGGCAGCGGUUUGACCUUCAACCACAGAGAACACUGUCAGAGAGAGAAGCAGCAGAGAAGUCUGUGUGGUAGUGCCAGUAACUCUGGCUCAGCCACUCCCAAUGUUCCCGCAAGCCCCAACACCAUGUCUCCCCGGCUCCAGAGCAGACUAUCACUCCACACAACAGAAGGCAGCACCAGCAGUAGUCCUGCCAGAGAGAGGCCUUCAUCAACUGUCAGCCAGUCAGAGCUGACCACUUCCCUGUCUGUCACUCACAACACAGCCUCCACAAACGAGACAGUUUCUGUUCCCAAGCUCGCCACCCAAGAUAGCAGCACACCAGGAGAACAUAAGCACAAUGAUAGUGAUGCUGACACUAAGAGGAAGCGCUUCUGCAACACGUACAACAUCCUGAGCAAAUCUGGCCUGCUAGACAUCGCACUCCGCACCAAGGAGCUCCACCGCCAGAACCGACGCACCCAGAAUGACUUAGACCAGUUAAAAGAAAACACAGACCUCUUCCUUCAGGCUCUGUGGACUGGCGACACCAGCACCUGUGUUAGGCUGCAGGCCCGCCUUCAGGAGGAAGACAGAGAGAAAGAUAGGGAGAGGGCUGCUCAGACCAGCUUAAAGGCAGAUUAGAUCUAGACUAGUGCUCGAUGGUAAUCCUUUAGGCUGAGAUGGGGAGAGAAAGGCCAGGGUUGGGGGUUGGAGGACAGAGAGACAGAUGGACCGAAAAUAAUGUGCUCCACUAUAGAAACUCACGCCCAGACUUUUUCACACAGACAGUGUACUGUGGCCUACAUUUUGGCUGCCGGCUGCCUUAGGGCCCUGACACACCAGCCUGAACGCCAAGAUUUAGUGCAGACUUUUUGUUGCCUAGCAUCUUCUGUAAAAAUUUGCAUGUGAACUCUUGGUAGGAGCAUCAAGUUGGAGGCCCGUUGAGUGCCAGCAUGCCAUAUGUUCUGCACCUGUGUGAGAGGAAAUAUUUUAGUAAGCAGUCUGUCUUCAUAAUUCCGGAAAGAGAAGGAAAGCAAACUAAGCAAACUCAAUUUUCAUAUCAGACUGUGCUUUGCUGCAGUCUGAUACUAUCAGCCUGUUGUCUUAAGCUUGUGGAUAAAAGAUGAACUGGAGGUGAAAACAAGAAGAUAUCACAGAUUUACUGUGUCAGUUCUGAUCUGAUCGCUCUGACCGCCUCCAUCAUUGAUACAACAAGCUCAGCAAGUCCAGACAACCACAGAUGAGGUUGGACUAGUGCCAAUAUUGAAGGACUUGCUUCAGAAACUAAGUUGCAAUGGUCUGUCACACACUUAAGUUGGUGCCCCAGUUGCCAACUGUUGGUUUGGUGUGUCAGGGACCUAAAGUCGAACGAAGCCAGAACAGCUCACUGUUCUGCCAUAUUAGGCCUGAAAACUCUUAUUUAUUGGCAAUCAAGAUCCAAAGGCAGUGAAAAAGACAUGUAUGGAUAGAUGAGUACAAUCCCUUUUUUUAAAAAAAAAACUGAAAGCACAAUAUAUGCUCAGAAUCUGGAAGCUCAGUUUAAUCCCCCUGGACCAGAUUGUUAAGCUUGAACAUUGUAUGGCUUGAUAUUUUCCUCUAAAACCACAAAACUCCACUAUUUAACCACUGCAUGUCACUCCAUGAAUUGAAUUCGUAUUGCAUUUCAGUAGUUUUAACAGUUCUUCAUCAUUCAUGGUAGUUCUCUAAGCUGUGUUCCACUGAUCCUGGUGUGCUGCUUUCCAGACAUGCAGUUAACAGUCAGAAGUGUGCCCCUAAUCGAAUUAAUUGUAACAGUUACAGUUAUUGAUGAUUUAUGUCAGUCUUAAGGAAAUAUUCUCAUGUCACACUGAAGGCGUCCAGAGCCAGUCAACAUCUUUAAAUAGACAAACAUAUGCCUGAAGUGUCUUCUUAGGACGAGCUGCAUUUUAAAAUGUGAUGUGAAAGAUUUGGCACAGUGCGAUGGUGGUUUCAAGUUCAGCAUUCCCAUACAGUGCAAAUGGGAAGGAAGUGAGGCUGUUCACAGGUUAUCAUUUAGAUGCUUCCGUAAUAACAUCCCAGCAUAAACGGUGCUUAGUUCAGUCAUAGUUAACAGUAAUUUGUACAUGAGUUCCUUCAUUUGUUUUUGUGUGUGUGUGUGUUUUUUUAUACAUACAAUUAAUGUAAUUUAAUGUGGCUAUAUUUUAUCUAACUUAAGUGAAGACGUUUUUCUGUUAGUUAGAUGUUUCUUUUUAUUUUUGUUUCUAUAUAUAUAGAUAUAAAUAAUAUGUGGUUGUGUGAACCUUUUUGAGACAACCAUAAAGUCAGGUAUCUUGAUGAAGACCAGUUGUUUUGCAUCAACUUUGGGUCUAACAAGUCCAGUUUUUAUCCCAGUUUCUCUAUUUUGUUUUACAUUUUUUUUAUUAUUUUUUUGGAAUAUUUAUAAAUUAUGGCCUUAAUAUCCAAACCCAGAGUAUGUCAGAGAACUUUGCAUUUGCACUAAAAGAAGAAUCAGAAAAUAGCUCUGUAGCAAUCUCUGGGCAGAAUUAAUGGCAGCUAUGGUAGCUCAUUUGAGGCAGACUGCAAUAGACUUUUUGUUUAAGUCACAGUCCUUGAAGUGCAUUGUGAGGCAACAUAAGCACACUACCAGUCCAUACGUGCUAUUUCUAUAGUGCAGUGAUGCUCAAACUCCCUGGGGGGCAGUAGAGUGGGGGCGGAGGGGAUGAAUGUCAAGUAAAACUAAGUUUAUCAAAAUGAUUUAUGCUGGGAAAAUAAAGAGGAGUUGCUGAUGCCAUCGUGUUGACCUGUAAGUCACUAAAAUUCAGCUCUGAUCAUUUUGCAUCAUUGUUAAUUAUUGAUAAAAAUUAUGGGGAGGGUUGCAUUUACCUUUUUGGCUUCUGAUGGGGACUAUGACAGAAAAGGUUGAAGGGUCACUGCUAUAGUAACAGCUGUCCAUAACGUACAUUGUCACGUAUUUAAUUAUUAAUAGCAGUUUUCCAGUUUUUAACAAUAACUAUAAUAACAAUAAUAUUUGAUGCGAUAAUGUACUGUCAGUGCUCAUGUUGACUUAAAAUGGCUCAAGAGGAACAUCUCAAGUGAGGGAUCAUUUGUUUUCUACGUUUGCAGUCGUAGUUCAUGUGAACAGAAAUACAUUUAAGUUAACGUUUGUGUAUACUUGUGAGGGUCAUAUAUUGUUUGACAAAAUGUUCAGUAAAGUACAUUGUACAAUGUAAAGUCUUUGUCACAUAAACUCAGAGGUUUGGGUUUAUUAUGAAUGAACUGUGAGUGUUCUGAAAAAGAAAACACAGACACAGACACACAGGUUUCCAGCAGUACUCAGUAGACCACAGUCACAAUGACAUGGUCAGCACUUUUAUAUUACCAAGUAAAAAGAACAUGCUGAUUGUGCUUUGUUUUUUAAAUCAUCGGGUGUUCAGAAGACCCAGGACUCAUUUAUGAUGGAGGCUAAAUGUGUUUUUUGUGUGUAUGUGAUAAUAAUGCAUGUUUUCCAAAUGUCAGAAGUGGAAAUUGCGGUAAUAAUUUAAAUUCAUGGCCAUGCACAUAAUAUUUCUAAACCUUAGGACAAGGUUUUAAAAGCCACUGUUUGCUCACUGCAAAAUAUGUUUUGGUGCAUGGAAAAGACAACAGUCUUUUCAUGUGGCUGUAAUAUUUGUGCUAUUGUCACUGCAAUAGAUCAGUAAUUUAAUGCCACGUGUCCUUAAUAAAGGCCUUUUUAAGACUCUCGAAUAAGGACGGACAGCAAGACUGCUGGCCCUAUUUGGAUCUUUUGUCUCAGCCAAAAAUAAAUGUGGGUGUGUGUGAGCUGUUUUUAAAGCAGUCAGGAUCCUACCAGUGCAAAAGGUCCUUUUUUAUUUGUUUAACCACUACUCCCAUAAAUUGUAAAUUUAAAUGCUUACAAUUCAGAAUUCAUUUUCAGACUAUUGUAGACCUAUUCCUACAGACAGAUGCUAUAUUCUUGGAAUUUAUGUUAAUUAUAUUCUUAUUGGAUCUCUGAAGCGUGAACAUCUUAAAAAUCUGAGAAAAUGGCCUUCUGCAGAAAUAGGAUCUUACUGCUCCACUACUGGUUCACUGCCCAUGAAAUAAAUGAUGGCACAGUAACAUCACGACGGUCAGUGAUGUUUUGGCUGAUAAUAGCACAGCAGCAAUGGUCAUGUUCACUUUUUUUUUUUUUUUUUUUUUUUUAAAGGGCUUUCUGUUUUUUUUCUGCCGUCAGUUUUACCACAGCACAUUUACUUACUGAACAGUGGUUACAAUGCAGCUUGCAGCAGUAUAAAGUUUGGUUUAGUUUACGUGGGUCCAUGCUGCUGUGGUUAAUCUCUCUUGGAUCCUGUUUGUGUGACUGACUGUUGACUGAACUGUAUCAAAGUCUCUGGUGCCACUACUAUAUAUACAACAUGCUGUGUCAUCGUUUAUUAAUGCUGUUGUUGUGAACUUGAUUGUGUUAUGUGACUGCAGUUUUCUGAUUCCACUUUCAAAACAAAAGAAGUUCACUAGUUUUUUAGUUGUUUUUUUUUUUGUUUGUGCAGUAGGAGACCUGCUGUUUCAUAACACUGGAUUUUGAGUUUUUAUCUAAAUGUUGGCAGCUUUCUCUCCUUGCUGCAUUUUAGCCUGCAUUCUUAAAUUUCAAAGAUGCUGGAAAUGCUUGUGAAAACUAUUGCGAUUGUCUUAUCAAAAUACUUCAGUGGUGCACCAGCAGUAGCAGUGAACAAAAUGAUCCUUUAAAUUCCUUUAGUUGAAUCAGGCAGACUGAAUGUAAUGAGGCUUGCUGGCCAUCUUUUUUCUUUUCUAAAAACGUGAAUGCAGAAAGUUGUUAAGAAUCCUCCUGGUACUUGCCACUGUGGGAGAUUUACCAAAACAUUAUUUUCAUGUCUUACAAUUUUAAGCAUGAACUUUGUUAUAAAUAAUGAUUACUUCUGCUAAACCAAUCAGUGAUCAACGAGUUAAGAUUGGAAAAAAAGGGGUUUUUUUGUAACAUGCUUUAGGGCUCUUUUUCUACAUUUUAAGUUAGACACUCAUUGCUCGUGUAAUAAAUGUCAUUCCAAAGAAAA